AUGUCUUCAUUAGAAUGGACCAUAUUAGAAAAGCUAUUACUCUCGCAAGCAGUGUAUAAAUACGGCGAAGAUAAUUGGUUUCAAGUAGCAAGAAACCUUAAGCACCAUGCUCUAUUGGAUCGUCCAUCAGACUAUUUUAAUCAAAAGAAUUGCUCACACCAGUAUUACUCAAUGGUCUCAGAACUGAACAAAGAAAAAAAAGGUGCUUCCACAAACGAUAUGCCAGUAGUGGUUCAAUUAGCACGACAGCUCUAUACUCUACGACUAGAGGAAUUAAAGAAAGCAAUCAACGAAGACGAAGAAAAGUUUUUGACACUCAUAGCAGAGAUUGACGAUAUUCGAGCUGGAAAAUGGGAUAAUCAACUAUUAGGAUUGUCAGCGACCUUGGAAGAGAAAGCGCUAUUAAAAGAAGCAGAUUCUACAAAUACUCCUAAUGGAGCCAUAGACAUGGCAACAACAGCUUCUCCUCAGCCAGAAACAAUGGAAAAUAGCAAGCAAGCUACACCAUCUGCUGAAGCUUCUAGUACAUCCGAUAAGCAGCAAUCACCACUACCCUCUGGUGAGACCAUGGAGAAAUUAGCAGAACAAGAGACCGAGGCUGAAGAAGCAGCUAAAGUAGAAACAGAAAACGUAGAAAAUGAAACAAGAGAUGUUCGUAAAGAAGAUGCACCACCUAUCUCAACCGACGAGCAGCAGAAGGAGAUGGCUGCCAUUGAGAAUAAUCCUGUUCCAUCGGAUGAUACUAUUCUAGCUGCAUCAACAGUGGCAAAAUCCACCGCAGCUUCAGAUAGCAUACAAACAGCACUUGGAUCAGAGGAGCACCGUGAACAAAGAGACGAAACAAUAUCAUUAAAACGCCAUUCAGACGAGAAUGAAGGCAUAGAAGUGCCAGAUUUGAAGAGGCAAAAGGUGGACAAUCAAGCACCAUUCAUUGUGGAUUCGGUAGCAGAAAAACUGCCAGAACACACAGACAUGGAAGAGGACGACUUGAAAAGCAGCAAAAAGAGCAGACUAGAUGAUCAUGAGCCACUUGCCAUUGACACCAGUAGAACCGAUUAUUCAACAGAUGUAAGUCGAGGUACAACACCCGCCGAUUUACGAGAUGGCACGGAGAGCAUUGCAGGCAGUGAAAGCAAUGCGGCUACACCUACCCAUGAACGGAGCAGUAGAAGACGGGACGAUCAACGCAACAAAUCUUGGCUCAAAAACAUCAACCUGCUAUGGCGUGAGAUUGCAAAUCACAAAAACGGCGCCAUGUUUAUGAAUCCUAUCAAGGAAAACAUUGCACCGCAUUAUUAUGAGAUUGUCAAACGACCCAUGGAUCUCAAAGCUGUUAAGAACCGCAUUCGGGAUGGAAUUAUCACUACAACAACCGAGUUUGAGAGGGACAUUGUGCUGAUGCUAAACAACUCGCUCAUGUACAACAAGGAAGGCACUGAAGUGUAUCUCUUGGCCAAGGAGAUGCUAGAUGAUGCUGUAGAACAGAUCAAGAUCUUCAAGAUGGCAGACACUGAUACAACAGCUAGCUCACAUACAAGAGCAGCGGCAAAGAAGAGUGCUGUACCAGAAUAA